AGAGGAAAAGAGGAGAGCGCAGCUUUUUUAGGAUUUAGGGUUCGAUUUCUCUUUUUCCCUUUUUUAAAAUUAAAAAAAAAAGAAAAAGAAAAAUUGAAACCCUAGUUUUUGAUCGCCAUGGCAGCUAGAAGAAUCGCGGCGAGAUACAUUUCACGCAGGCUCUCGUCGAGCGGCAAGAUCCUCAGCGAGGAGGAGAAGGCAGCGGAGAACGUCUUCAUCAAGAAAACUGAACAGGAGAAGUUGGAGAAGCUUGCACGUAAGGGUCCUAAAGCAGACCAGCCCCCAGCGACAGCUGAAACCCCUGCGAGUGGCGUGAAGCCGAGUACCACAGAAACCUCUACUACAGGCGGAGUCUCAACUGACAAGAACCGAAAUUAUGCUGUAGUUGCUGGAACAGUUGCUGCUGUUAGUGCCUUUGGCUGGUGGUUCUUCUCCAAGCCCAAGAAAUCCGAAGAAAUUGUUGAUUGAUAAGUGCAAGAUUCAUGUUGAAUCACCUACCUUUGCUUUUGCGAAACUAUUUUCCUUGAGUUUCUAUCAGUCCAUCAUAAGGAACUGAGCUGAUAAGUUUAUUAAAAGAAACUAUGUCCGUUCGUUGACAUUGGAAUGGAUUAAAAGCUCUGUUUUUGCUAUGAACUUGGUUUUUUUCGCUUUAUAAUUCUCAAAUCGAAGUAGUUUUACAAUUUGAUGGUUGCGACGA